AUAAACAAUGAUUAGCGCGCGAGAGAAUCAGGAAUCAAACAGAGAGAAAACAAAGCGAUGGCUGCUCCGGCUGCCGAGGGUCUGGCCGUUACGGCGCUCCGGUCGGUGUUCCACCGUGUCCGGCAAGCUGCGGAAAGGUCCGGCCGCCGCGCUGAUGACGUGAGAGUGGUGGCCGUGAGCAAGACUAAGCCUAUUUCUCUAAUUAACCAAGUUUAUGAUGCUGGUCACCGAUGUUUCGGUGAAAAUUACGUCCAAGAGAUUAUCCAGAAGGCUCCCGAGCUUCCUGAGGACAUUGAAUGGCAUUAUAUUGGGCAUUUGCAGAGCAACAAAGUGAAGCAACUCCUGACUGCUGUUCCCAAUCUAGCUAUGGUUCAUGGUGUUGAUAAUCAGAAGCUUGCAAAUCAUCUUGAUCGUAUGGUUUCAAGCAUUGGCAGGCAACCUCUGAAGGUUUUGGUUCAAGUAAAUACCAGUGGAGAAGAGUCAAAAUCUGGUAUUGAUCCAUCAAAUUGCACAGAGCUGGCCAAACAUGUCAAGCUGGAUUGCCCAAACCUUGAUUUCUCUGGCCUAAUGACAAUUGGAAGGCCUGACUACACUUCAACCCCAGAAAACUUCAAGACGCUAUUGAACUGUAGAACUGAAGUUUGCAAGGUGCUUGGUAUGGGGGAGUCUCAAUGUGAGUUAUCAAUGGGCAUGUCUAGUGACUUUGAGCUAGCGAUAGAAAUGGGCAGCACCAACGUGAGAAUUGGAUCCACCAUCUUUGGACCGAGGGAGUAUCCGAAGAGACAAUGAGAUCAGUAUAAACUUCAUCGCAUAGAGCCAUUUGCGUGACAUGCUUGUGAUGCUGAAAGCAGUAAGUGCCGCCUUUCUGAACUUUUGUGCCAUAAGGGAGAAGAAUGAAGCAGCAAUGACAAGAGAAGAAUGAAGCAGCAAUGACAAGAGAAGAAUGUUGUUGCUUCAAACUCGAAUCUCGCCUACCAGAAAGUUAUGUCAAAAUUGUUUUACUGUGAAUUGCUGUAUACUAUGUUCCCAUUUUUCUUUUCUUUAUUAACAUAUUUUUACAACAGGAUUAAGUGCCCCUUACUCUUAAAUUGCUUUGAUCCACUUAGUGGGCGUUUGGACAUAAGAAUUGUAAAUUUCGGAAAAUAGUGGAAAAAAAGUUCAAGUGAAAA